AUGGCGACCUUGCCGCCGCAGAUGACGGACGAGCAGAUUCGUGACAUGAUACAAGGCCCGGGCGACGUGGAGUGGUCCUAUGAGAUGCGCAGACAAUGUCAAGAGAUCCUACCAGGCUUGCUCCUCGGGCCUCUCCAAGCCUCGAAAUCGCUGCCGAUUCUCCAAGAGCUCGGCGUAACCCACAUUGUGUGCAUCCGCGAUGCGAAAGAGGCGUUCUCCGUCCGGCCCCGUUUUCCGGAACACUUCCGCUACAUGGUGCUCGACGUGCAGGACAGUGAGGAGCAGAACCUCAUCCGGCUAUUCCCUCAAGCGAAGCAAUUCAUCGACGAGGCCGUCGCAGCCGGUGGAAGAGUGCUUGUACAUUGCAACGGGGGCAUCAGCCUCUCGCCUGCCUUCGUCGUGAUGUACGUCAUGCAGCAUCACAACCUGUCCUGGGAGGACGCCCUCCAUCUCGUGCAGAAUAGGCGAUACUGCAUCUCUCCAAACGGCGGCUUCCUAACCCAGCUCAAGGAAUAUGAGUCCAUCUACAAGGCACGCAACGCGGUGGCCUCGUUUCCGCAAUACCAGGCCGCAGCCGCGCGGCGUAAGCGCGCUGUCGAAGAUGACGAAGAUGGCGAUGAGAGGGAUGAAGAGCGCAAGCGAGCUUUCGUCGACCAGGAUGAUGCCAUGCAGACGUGA